AUGAAUUAUUCAAAUAACCAUUUCGUUCAUCAUUCCGUCCGUAGAAACUCUAUAAUCAACAAUUCUGAAGACGACGGGUCGUCUUCUUUGAAUAGUUAUCCUCCUCAAAGGUUAUGUCCCGCAGGCGGAAUACAUGAUUUCGAGAACGAAUGGUUAUUUGAGGAUUAUUUGUCAGCAUGCCUUUGUUGUCCAUGUUAUCUAUUUAGAGAAUGUUGUUGCGGAAAUCCUUUUGGUGACGGCUAUGAUGGCGUAGGUUGUAGACCAACAGGUCCAGGAACAUGUUCGAAAUGUAAGCAAUCAGAACAACAGACAAAAGAUUCUUAUGCACUACAGCAAUUUCAAACUCAUACAGGCGCAGGAGUACAUGCACCAUCACCGCCACGUGUGCCGGCACCCGUGCAAUAUGAUGCUACACGUCAAAUGAUUCAACCUGGUCGGAAUCAUGAUUUUGAUAAUCAAUUCCAAGAUCAUGUUAUGAAUCCUAACGGUGAUGAACGAGAAAAUAUGUCUCAGAGCCAAGUUAGAGAUCCGAAUGGUGAUAGUCGAAAUCAUCUUAGUAAUAUUUCAUAUGACCAAUCUAGGUUUCCACAAAUCAUAAAUUACAGUCAAUUUCAGAAUAAUCGUGUUAUGAGUCCAAAUUUUGACAAUAGGAAUUAUUAUCAUAAUAAUUAUAAUUAG